AUGGAACGAACGUCCAGUACUGAGACAAGAUUUGAAAGCUUACGUGCAAUCUUGAAGCCACCGGCCAUAGAAGGACAAGAGAGCUAUGGCAUUCCUCCAGAACCAGAUGCUGAAUGUGAUCCUGACCUAGAGGCCAAAUUCGAGAACUGGAUGAAUCUAAAGUUGAAUGGAAUGCACUUCAAUACUCGCCUAACGAAAACACACGCCUUUCGUAAUCCGUCAAUUAUGAGUAAAAUGAUUGAAUUCCAAGGCUUGGACGAAUAUGGCAGUAACUUCCCAAAGGACAUGUUUGAUCCUCACGGAUUCCCACCAGAAGCGUUUGUGGAUGAGCUCGAAAAAGCUCAAAGGACUCGUGCUGAACGUGCAGCCGCUGCUGCCAUCGCUGGAAUCCCAGUACAAACAGCAUCUGGAUCGACCUUAAAUAUCAAGGAGGCCGCAGAAGUAGCUCGUCAACGGGCCAUCCAAUUCAUGUCAGCAGCAAAUCAACAGCCUAAAAACUCGCCUGGUGUUGGUAGUGUUGGAAUGUAUUUACCGGCAAAUCAGCAUGCUGCACCUGGUAGCGCCAUCAGUACAGCGGGAUCCAAACGAAGCAAAUGGGACUCUACUGAAUCUAAGAGAUGA